GAACAAGAUUCUAAAGCAAUUGGAAAAAGCUAUAGUUGUAAAUAUUGCAGCCGUUCAUUUGCUCGUCGAUACGAUGUCACCCGACAUAGCCGAAUUCAUACAGGUGCAAAACCUUACAUUUGCCCUUGCUGCUCUAAAGGUUUUGCUCGUUCGGAUGCCCGUAUUCGCCAUUUCCGUACUGAACCCAAGUGUCAAAAUGGUGCAGACAGAAUA